CAGACACACAAAUUGUUCACAGCUCUUAUGCACUCCUACUUGACUGGCUUGUGGUCUUAGAGAGAGAAAAACACAGAAGGAAGCAAAAGAAAAAAAAUCAUACCUCUCUUUUUCUCCACAUUUUCUGCUCAAAACUCUCUUUCUGCAACUCUCUUUACUGUUCUUUACGGAAAUUGGAAAAGUGGUAUAGAGAAAGAAGACAUAAUUGAGUUUGGGAGAUUCGAUGGGAGUCAAGAGAUCUGGUAAAAGAGAGGACUUGAAUUUGGAGAUCUAUGGAAAGUUUUUUACCGCGUUUGUUUUGAUCUGCACAGCAAGAAUUUCAGUUGGUGUUACUAAUCCAAGUGAUGUUACUGCAAUUAAUAGCUUAUACCUUUCUCUGGGAUCUCCUGUACUGCCUGGGUGGGUCAGCAUUGGGGGAGAUCCGUGCGGUGAAGGGUGGCAAGGCGUUCUAUGUAAUGUUUCAGAAAUACAAUCCAUAGUUCUUAAUGGUGCAAAUUUGGGAGGAGAACUCGGUGAUAACCUGGGAAUGUUUGCUUCUAUCAGAUCAAUAGAUCUAAGCAACAACCAUAUAGGGGGGAGUAUUCCGUCCAAUCUGCCUGUUACCAUGCAAACCUUUUUUCUUGCAGACAAUAACUUCACCGGAAGCAUCCCAGAUUCUCUAUCAUCUUUAACUCUAUUGAAAGACAUGUCUCUUAAUGAUAAUUUUUUAAGUGGAGAGAUACCGGAUGCCUUUCAAUCUCUUCCAGGGUUGAUCAACUUAGACUUGUCCAACAACAAUUUGAGUGGACAGUUGCCUUCUUCUUUCGUAGAUUUGGCUAGUCUUACAACCCUACGCUUGCAGGACAAUCAGCUGUCUGGGACCCUGGAUGUUCUACAAGAUCUUCCCCUGAGAGAUUUGAAUAUAGAGAAUAACCUGUUCUCAGGACCCAUACCUGACAAGCUCCUGGCCAUCCCAAAUUUCAGAAAAGAUGGCAAUCCAUUCAAUUCAUCCACUUCUCCAGUACCUGCACCCAUGUCCCCACCACCAUCGACACCACCACCACCAUCAGCACCACCACCACCUUCAACACCAACACCACCAUUUUGGAUCCCACCAUCUCCUCCUUCUCGAAAAACACCUGGGAAGCAGGCUGAUGGGCCGUCUUCAGCAGAGGAAACGAAUUCUGGAGGAAAACAAUUUUUAACUACUAAAAGAUUAGUUUGGAUAUCCAUUGCAGGGGUAUUGUUGUUUGUAAUACUGGCAUUAGCACUUGGGCUUCUUAUUCCAAAAUGUAGCAGAACAAGGAAGGAGGCCAGUAGAAUUUUCAAGCGGCAUCAAGUUGGUGCUUAUAAAGGCAACAGAGAGAACCCAAGGGACAAUGGAUCCUCAGCCCAACCAACUAAUCAAAUUGAAAAAGUUCCGAAGGAGACUUUACAGCAGCCAAAAGAGGACCAUCCAAAGCCGCAAAAUGUGCACAAGAGAAAUGAACCUAAAAUGGACCUUGCACUAAAGAGGGAUGAUUAUUUAAUAGACGUGAGCAGACUAGAUUCAGAUUUCACGCUGCCUCCGCCGCCGCCUCCACCUCCACCACCACCACCACCUCCUCCUCCACCCCCUGUUGAGAAUGUCAUUGUUAAGCCAAAUGUUCCAGCUGAAGCAAGCUCAGGGAAGCCUUCUCGUAAAACUCGGACCUUCCUCACUUCUGCUAAGUCUUUCACCAUUGCAUCGCUUCAACAAUACACAAAAAGCUUUUCUCAAGAAAAUCUCAUAGGAGAAGGCAUGCUGGGAAGUGUUUAUAGGGCACAGCUUCCUGAUGGAAAGCUUCUUGCUGUCAAGAAACUUGAUAAGAGGACUGCAGAGCAGCAGAAGGAGAAUGAGUUUAUUGAAUUGGUUAACAAUAUUGAUCGGAUCCGACAUGCUAAUGUCGUUGAGCUCAUGGGUUACUGUGCAGAGCAUGGCCAAAGGCUUCUGAUCUAUGAGUAUUGCAGCAGUGGCUCUUUACAAGAUGCACUACACUCAGAUGAUGAAUUUAAAAGGAAACUUUCCUGGAAUGCCCGCAUUAGGAUGGCACUUGGAGCUGCUAGGGCCUUAGAGUAUUUGCACGAGGUCUGUCAGCCACCUGUCAUACACAGAAAUUUUAAGUCUGCCAAUGUUCUUCUUGAUGAUGAUCUUGAUGUGCGUGUUUCGGAUUGUGGUUUGGCUUCGUUAAUAUCAUCAGGGGCUGUCAGUCAGUUGUCAGGCCAGCUGCUAACAGCCUAUGGUUACGGGGCUCCAGAAUUUGAAUCAGGAAUUUAUACUGUCCAGAGUGAUGUUUACAGCUUUGGUGUGGUCAUGCUAGAACUUUUAACAGGCCGGAAGUCCCUUGACAGGACACGGAAUCGAGGUGAGCAAUUUCUGGUGAGAUGGGCAAUCCCCCAGCUCCAUGACAUCGACACAUUGUCAAAAAUGGUUGAUCCCUCUCUUAAUGGAGAAUACUCUGCCAAAUCUUUAUCACACUUUGCCGAUAUCAUUUCCCGCUGUGUUCAGUCUGAACCAGAAUUCAGGCCACCAAUGUCUGAGGUUGUCCAGGAUCUAACAGACAUGAUAAGGAGAGACCGCCCCAGCAAAGAAUCAAUCAGUGACUGAGUCAAAUUGGUACAUAGAACUUGUGAUUCAACUUGUGAAUGUAAAGCUUCGAAGUAUUAAUCUCCCACAAUGUCAACACUGGAAGAUGCAUCAUCAACUGUAAACUAAUGCAGCAAGCUAACACAAUAACUGUUCACAUCCACGUCUCAAGUUCAUACCUCGGAGAAGUCUUCAAGGCAGCUGUAGCAAGAAAUGUGAACAAUCCAUUCUUCUGGUCAAAUGAUUUGUGAUUUCAUUGUUCAUUAAAUCAUGCAACCAAGCUUUUCUUUUGCAGAAAUCUGCUAGCCAAUUGUUUUGUAUUAUUAUUUGUUGGCAAUUCUUGACAAUGAAAUUUUGGUGCAAUGCACCUGAAUCUGAGUGAAACUUAAAUUUAGCUCCAGCAAAA